AUGUCAGUCAGGACGGCAGAAGGUGUUUCCUUGGGUACAUCAUUAGCCACUGUUCCAGAACAGGUUUCGAACUUUACCAUAAGAGACUUGCUUGACUUGAAUGACCCACAAGUUGCUUAUAAGCUGCCCUUAUCAGUGAUUGCUCUAGUUGAUUUAAAUGCCUUUUUUGCACAAGUUGAGCGAGUACGUCUAGGGUUAUCAGAUGAUGACCCCAUUGUGUGUCAGCAAUGGCAAUCCAUCAUAGCUGUGAGCUACGCGGCUAGAGAAUUUGGCAUUUCAAGAAUGGAUACAAUACACUCGGCACGUCUAAAGUGCCCCGAUUUAGUAGCUGCUCACGCGGGAGUUUAUAAAAAGGGAGAUAGCCACUGGGCUUACUAUCCUGGAUCUCCAAGUCCGGUGGAUCAUAAGGUUAGUUUAGAUAGUUAUAGACGAGAAAGUAGGAAAGUAUUAAGAAUCAUUCAAAGUAAAUUCGAUCUAGUGGAAAAGGCGAGCGUUGAUGAAAGCUAUAUUGAUCUUGGAAGACCGGUAUAUCGGUUGUUGUUGGAAAAAUUCCCCGCUUUAAAAGAAGCUCUCAAUAAAACUGAUAACAAGCAGCAAAGAUUACCUUCAAUACCUAGUGUAUUACCAAGUGAUGUGCAAUGGGAAGGUUACAUUGCUGAAUCGGAAAAGGAAGCUGCAGAUUUGGAAGAUAUUCAGUCGCCGGAAAUCAAGGAUUGGGAUGAUGUGAUACUAAUCCUUGGCUCGCAAUUACUUCUAGAUCUACGACGGACAAUAUAUGAUGAGUUGGGGUAUACAACAUCGGCAGGAUUAGCCAGGAAUAAAUUAGUUGCAAAGUUAAGUGGAGGCUUUAAAAAACCAGAUAACCAAACUAUAGUACGAAAUUGUGCCAUUAAUAAGUUCUUGAACAACUUUGAGUUGACUGACAUUACAGGACUUGGAGGAAAAUUGGGUAGUGAACUAAUCCGCAAGUUUGAAGUACCGCCAGAACUGAAUUCAAUAGCGUUUAUCAGAGAAAAUUAUAGCUCCGAUAUGUUACACGAGAUGUUGCUGGAUGAUCCAGAGUUGGCUCGUAAAUUGUACCAUAUAGUACGAGGGUUGUGUGCACUGGAAUUGACAUCUAAAGUGGAUGUCAAAUCAAUGACGUCAACCAAGAAUUUUCGAGAUAAUUCUCCAUCGAGUUUGAAAGAUGCAUAUGAAUGGUUGACUGUUUUUGCUGGAGAUUUGAGUAAUCGGUUAUUAGACUUGGAUAAUGAAAGUAUGGAUCUUUCAAUAACAAAGGUAUCAAAAAGAGAAAGAGGAGUAUUGAGAAGACCCAAAACUAUCACAAUUGGGAUUAGAUCGACUGCGUAUGUUAGACAAACUCGACAAAUGUCCAUCUCUUUUUAUAAAGAUAUUAAUAAAAUGAAGCAGGUUAUUGAGGAAUGCGGAUUUCAGUUGCUAAGAGAUUAUAUGGAGCACAACACUGAUUUAUCAGGUUUGAAUGGUGGCAAGCCCGUUAAAGAGUUGUUUUUAGGAGAUGCUAAAGAUGUCAGGAUUAUGAAAAUGCAAAAUAUGUCAUUGGCGAUUUCCAAUUUCGUUGCCUUACAUGAUAACGCAUUUAUUGAAUCUUUUGUUAAAGAGAGAACCGGUGAUGACAGCCAUACAGUGAAGCAGGAAUUGAUGGAGAUUAACAAUGCAUUUAAAAGGAGGAAACUAGAGACGGCAGAUUCAAAAAAACAAAAGGAAUUAUCCACUGAAAACAAGCUGCACAUCUCAAACCUAUUCAAAGAGUACAAAGAUAACAAUGAUCAAAAUCGUCCUCAAACAAAACAGGCCAAAGUAAAGCCACGCGCUAAUCGAGGCGCAGAUAUAUUCCAAACUCUUAAAAAGCGUCAGCAUUUAGAUCUCCUAUCUGAUUUAAUAGCGACAAAAUUUUGUAAAAAAUGUAAUCUCCCGGUCGAUGAUCCAAUCGAGCAUAAUGACUACCAUAUCGCCAUUGACUUGUCCGAUAGAUGGAACCAAUAA